CGAGCAGAGUACGAGUACGAACGACAACGGCAUGGGCAAGAUCUAGCUACUACGCACUCAUCAAGCAUCUGCCUUGAGAUUCCUCUCUCUUUUCCCUACGACCCAUCAGAUUGGCUGUUGUGAGGACCGUAGAGAGUGGACACGCCAGAGGACGUCGAUUCUUCCACCUGCGGACGCUGCUACGUCCCUCUUCCGCAUCUCACCCCGUCGACAUACGCAACUCCAUCGUUACUGUCGCCGGUUUCACUGGGGGUGAGGAGCGCUCCUCCAAAAUCUUACCAGUGAUUCGAUCGCUGGACCCAUCGCUGAUCGACUUAUAACAUUUCAGCACUUAAUGCUUCCUACAUAUGCCUCCCCAAAGAAGAUGAAUCGACAUGGUUAUGCAAAUGGCCACUCGGCCUACGUCGAAAAGGAGAGCAGGACCUUUUCAAUAUCUCCGCAUCGAUUCCAGCCCAGAUCACAGCCUGCUUAUCGCCGACGGAAACAGCUUAUGGUGCGAUUGGCUAUAAUAUGCGUCUGCUCCACAAUCAUAGUCAUGCUUCUCUUCCCUUCUCUCCGAUCCGCAAUCCUUCCAUCUAUUUCACUCGGACUUAUGUCCACGACCGAAACCUUUCAGCUGGAGACUGUUCGCUAUUAUGACUUGUCGAACAUGCAGGGCAGCGCCAGAGGUUGGGAACGGGAAGAAAGGAUCUUGCUAUGUGCCCCUCUUCGGGACGCUGAGUCGCAUCUUCCCAUGUUCUUCUCCCAUCUUCGCAACUUCACCUAUCCUCACCACUUGAUCGAUUUGGCUUUUCUAGUCUCCGACUCCAAGGACCGGACCCUUGAAAUGCUCUCACAGAUGUUGAACGACGUUCAGAAUGACCCGGACCCCAAACAGCCAUUCGGGGAGAUUUCCGUCAUUGAGAAGGAUUUUGGCCAAAAAGUCAAUCAAGAUGUCGAAAGUCGACACGGCUUUGCAGCUCAAGCGAGCCGAAGGAAGUUGAUGGCUCAGGCCAGAAAUUGGCUUUUGAGUGCGGCCCUUCGUCCCACUCACAGCUGGGUCUACUGGCGCGAUGCUGAUGUGGAGACUGCACCUGUCACAAUCCUCGAGGAUCUAAUGCGCCACAACAAGGACGUCAUCGUACCAAAUGUGUGGCGGCCUCUUCCAGACUGGCUCGGCGGCGAGCAGCCCUACGAUUUGAAUUCGUGGCAAGAGUCAGAAACGGCACUGGAAUUAGCGGAAACGCUUGAUGAGGAUGCUGUCAUUGUUGAGGGCUAUGCUGAAUACGCAACUUGGAGACCACAUCUUGCUUAUCUGCGAGAUCCCUAUGGCGACCCGGAUAUGGAGAUGGAUAUUGACGGAGUUGGAGGCGUCAGUAUCCUUUCGAAGGCGAGAGUCUUCCGAGCAGGCGUCCAUUUCCCUGCAUUCAGCUUUGAAAAACACGCGGAGACUGAGGGUUUUGGAAAAAUGGCAAAACGGAUGCAAUUCUCGGUAGUUGGCCUUCCCCACUACACAAUCUGGCAUUUGUAUGAGCCUAGUGUCGACGACAUCAGGCAUAUGGAGGAAAUGGAAAUGGAACGCAUCGCGCGCGAGAAAGAAGAAAAGGAACAGGCCGAGCGCGCUAAGGAGAUUAAAGAACAGUUUGUUGACACGAACAACCAGUGGGAGAAAGACAAGGCAGAUAUUCAAAAUCUCGCUGGUCAAGAAUCUGAAAAUAAGAAAGCAGCAGAAGAUAACAGUCAAGGUGGCACAGAUGCUAGCCAGCCUAACCAAGCCAAAGCACAGCCGGAUCAAAACGCAGUACCGGCUUGAUGAAAUGAGAGAGUUGUCUUGAUUCAUUUGUUGAGGAGUUCUCCGGGAGUCUUAGAGGGAUCUGGCAGCAUCUAAAAUGUUUUUAUACUUUUUCUCGGAAUGCAUCGUCUAUCUGCAAUAGCGCACGUCUCAUAUAUAGCCCUUAGGCUUUUCCUCCUCCGUUUCGAACAAUUAUACCUAUUUUUAAUGGUCGUAUUUUUUGAGUUGUCUGUGUAUUCGAUAUUGAUCGGAAUGUUGAAAAUCAGCCAAAAUCGACAACUCAGCUUAUAGCUGAACUUAAUUUCAAAAACAGAUAAUGCUCG